AUGGAUCUCGCCAACCUCAUCUCCCAACCGGGGCCUGAGCCUGCUCUGACGGCCAAAUCAAGAUACAGCCCUCCUGCCUUUGAACCGGGCUCCUUCUACGCCGCAUCUACUUCAUUCACGCGGACACAAGCGCCACUAUCGCCUCCAGUCGAGGAUAGAUCUUCUCGCUGCUCACUGCCAUCAAUCUCUGCGCUUCUUGACAGCGCAGACGGCGCCUCGACACAAGCUCCAAAGCGCCAACGGCUCAGCUCUCCAAUGCACCGUGAACCGCUUGACAAGAACCCAUCUGCCGGCGCUGCUCCCAUCCGUCUCCCGCCCACUCCUCCAUUGCGCCCCGGCUCCGGCUUCCACAGCGCCGGCCACUCGCCCUCGAGCUCCAUCUCAUCCAUCUCGAUGAUCAAGUCCGAGUACCCGGCACCACCAUCAGCUCCAGUCUCUCUUCCGGGCCUUCCCAGCCCAACCGACCGCUCGUCCAUCUCGAGCCAAGGGUCUGCGCCGCAGCACCAGCAUGGUCCCUACGCCUCGCCAGCUCCCAGCGUGGCGCCCUCUUACUCCUCGCCCGUUGAGCCCUCACCCUCAUCGGCAAUGUACUACCAACACCAGCGGCCCGCAUCCUCAGGCACAUACCAGGCUCCUCCACCCCCGCCGCAACACCAGCCCAUGAUCUCGCCCGUGACACCGGCCUGGCAGCACCACCACUACUUCCCUCCUUCCUCAAACACACCCUACCAGCAGAACCACGACCGAUAUAUCUGCCGCACCUGCCACAAGGCGUUCUCGCGGCCCUCGAGUCUGCGCAUCCACAGCCAUAGCCACACCGGCGAGAAGCCAUUUCGGUGCACACAUGCCGGAUGCGGCAAAGCCUUUAGUGUACGGAGCAACAUGAAGCGCCAUGAGCGCGGCUGCCAUACCGGGAGGGCUGUCGCGAUGGUGUAACCAAUUGUGUUACUCCACCUCCUCGCAUCAU